AUAAGAAAAUCAGCGGUGAUGCGCUUUGGCAACCCUGGGCGAAUUGUUUCUUGUUUCAAUCCUACCAGGAGGAACAUUUAUUGAUAAACUUGCAAGAUUUAUUAAAAAUGGCAGCAAUAAGUUUAUUGAAUCCCAAAGCUGAGGUUGCUAGAGCAGCUCAAGCUCUUGCUGUGAAUAUAUCGGCAGCGAAAGGAAUUCAAGAUGUGAUGAAAAGUAAUUUGGGACCCAAAGGAACUGUCAAAAUGCUGGUAUCAGGAGCCGGUGACAUUAAGAUAACUAAAGAUGGUAAUGUUUUGCUUCAUGAAAUGCAAAUACAGCAUCCCACGGCUUCUCUAAUUGCUAGAGCGUCAACUGCUCAGGAUGAUAUUACCGGAGAUGGUACAACUUCAACAGUUUUACUAAUUGGAGAACUUUUAAAGCAGGCUGACAUUUAUGUUUCUGAAGGCGUACAUCCAAGAAUAAUCACUGAAGGUUUUGAUAUGGCAAGACAGAAAGUUUUACAAAUUUUAGAUAAAAUCAAAAUUCCCAUUAUAAUAAAUAAAGAAAAUCUUACGGAUAUUGCAAGAACUAGUCUCAGAACAAAAGUUCAUCCAAUUUUAGCUGAUAUCUUGACAGAUGUUUGUGUAGAUGCCAUAUUAGCUAUACGCCAAGAAGAUAAACCUGUCGAUUUACAUAUGAUUGAAUUGAUGGAAAUGCAACACAAAACUGCAAGUGACACUCAACUUGUAAAAGGACUUGUUUUGGACCAUGGCGCCCGUCAUCCGGAUAUGCCAAAGCAGGUAAAGAAUGCGUACAUAUUAACAUGUAAUGUGAGCAUGGAGUACGAAAAGAGCGAAGUCAAUUCUGGCUUUUUCUAUAAAACGGCCGAAGAAAGGGAAAAGUUGGUGUCAGCAGAAAGAGAAUUCAUUGAUCAGCGGGUAAAGAAAGUAAUUGCUCUCAAGAAAAAAUUAUGUGAUGGUACUGAUAAAUCUUUCGUUGUUAUCAAUCAGAAGGGAAUCGACCCCUUUAGUCUUGACAUGCUUGCAAAAGAAGGCAUUUUAGCCCUUCGUCGCGCAAAGCGACGCAACAUGGAACGAUUGGCGUUGGCUUGCGGAGGCGUUGCCAUGAAUCAUUUGGAUGAUUUGCACGAAUCACAUCUGGGAUUUGCUGGCUUGGUCUACGAGCAUGUCUUGGGUGAAAACAAAUUUACAUUUGUGGAGCAAUGCAAAAAUCCACAUUCAGUAACGAUACUGAUGAAAGGUCCUAAUAAACAUACCUUAGCACAAAUUAAGGACGCCGUCCGCGACGGUCUGCGAGCCAUCAAUAAUGCUGUUGAAGAUAAGGCGCUUAUACCGGGUGCUGGGGCCUUUGAAAUAACUACAUACAAAGAAUUAAUGGAAUAUAAAGACGAAGUAAAAGGAAAAGCACGCCUAGGGAUUGCAGCAUAUGCUGAAGCUCUUCUUAUUAUUCCUAAAGUGCUAGCGGUUAAUUCCGGAUAUGAUGCUCAGGAUACGAUAGUUAAACUACAGGAGGAAUCCCGAGUAAAUCCUGAACCCAUUGGAUUAGAUUUGACAUCAGGCGAACCGAUUAAUCCGAAAGAUGCCGGGAUUUUCGAUAAUUAUGUUGUAAAAAAACAGAUUAUCAAUUCCUGUUCAGUUAUUGCCAGUAAUCUCCUUCUUGUCGACGAGAUAAUGAGAGCGGGAAUGAGUAGUCUUAAAGGUUAAAAGGCUUCAGAAUUUUAUGUUUCAUUUUUUCAAAUGUUCAUUAUUUACAUGAAUAUUACAAGCUUUUUAGAAAUUUAAUUAUUAAAAAAAAAAAAAUAACAAUUCUGCUUCCGAAAAUAAUGUUGGCUUUUGCAUUCCUUAUAAAUUUCAUUUGUCAAGUUAUAAUUAAAAUAAAUAGAUUAAAUAAACGACAAAAUUGCA